ACACAUUAUAAAACCCAUAUCGAGGGUCUUCCUUCUGCUCACUGCCUUGUAAUGGCUUCGAAGCGGCUUAAAGAAGACCCGCCACCCGCCUCUACUUCUGGAGAAGACGAAGAGUCUGAUGAAGAUGCCAUUUCAGAUGAAGAAGUAGAAGAGAAUGAAAAGUCUGAAGAUGAACAAGGUGAAGAAGACGACGAAGACGAUGAUGAUGGGGAAGAUGAAGAAGAAGAGGAAGAAAAAUCUCCUGCGAGGAAACCCUCUGUAAACCCAUCAUCUUCUUCUAAGGUCGUCUCCAAACCCCAGACCUCAUCCGGAUCCGAAACUGAAUCCGGCUCCGCCUCUGAGUCCGAAAGGUCCCCUGCUACCCCUUCCGUCUCCGGCUUCACCAUUAAGCCGAUCGCUUCCAAGCCAAUGGGAGAGCUACCCAAGCCCAAGAAGCCUAACAAUAACAGCAACAACCAAUCCACUGCGAUCGCUAUUUCUGGGUCUUCGUCGAAACGUGCAGCAGAGAACGACCCCAGCAACACAAAGAACCCAAAGAAGAGGAAGGUAUCGUCGUCGUCGGCCACCAACGGCGACGAUGAGGAUUCGAAGAAGCCACCCGGAACCUUACAACGCCUGUGGAGCGAGGAGGACGAGCUCGCCGUUCUCAAGGGCAUGAUCGAGUACGAGUCCAAGAAAGGGUCGGAUUCGUACGCAGACAUGGGUGCGCUCCACGAGUUCUUGAAGAGAAAACUCCACGUGGAGGUCUCCAAGGCCCAGUUGAUGGAAAAGAUUCGGAGGAUGAAGAAGAAAUACAGGACUAACUUCGAGAAAGGUGGCGAGGACAUGGUUUUCUCUAAGCCCCACGAGCACAAGGCCUUCGAGCUUUCCAAGAAGAUUUGGGGCAAUGUGGCUAACAACAAAAAUGAGCCAUCUAGCAAUCAAAAAGGCAAAGCUAAUAACGGCACUCCAGUGGCAUUGGCAUUACCAAAGCAAGAAGUGGCUUCUGGGGGAAAGGAGGGAUUGGCUAAUGGGGAGACGAAGGUUGAUGAAAAAAGGGAAAACUUUGGGACGAAUUUUCCAUGUUUGAAUGCUGCAUUGGAGAUGAUGGCAGGUACGGGUUGUUUGGGGUUUGGGAAGAGGUAUACGAGGGAGUUCAUGGUGGGCAUUGGAAACUCCAAAGCGAUGGAGUUGGAGAGCAAGGGCAGGAAGGUGAGGGAGGCUGAGUUGGAGGCGUAUGUGAAGAAAACAGAGUUUUAUCACGAGCUAAGUAAGCUGAAGUUAGAGAUAAUGAAAAAGAGGGGUUAAAAACGGAGCUUUUGGUGCAGAGUUAGAGGACGAAGAGGAGGAGGCUGAGCCCGAGGAUGCGGCUCC